AUGUCGCAGAAUCGGCCGGCAGCCUUCUCGAGUCUGAGGAUGGGAGAGGUGGUCCGCGAGAAGGUCCAGGAUGGUGUCACCGGCGAGACUCGAGAUAUGCAGUAUACGCAGUGCAAGAUCGUGGGCAAUGGCUCUUUCGGCGUCGUCUUCCAGACCAAGCUCUCACCUUCGGGCGAGGAUGCCGCCAUCAAGCGUGUUCUCCAGGACAAGCGAUUCAAGAACCGCGAGCUGCAAAUUAUGCGCAUCGUCCGUCAUCCCAACAUCGUCGAACUCAAGGCCUUCUACUACUCGAAUGGCGAGCGUAAGGAUGAGGUCUAUCUCAACCUCGUCCAAGAAUAUGUUCCCGAGACGGUUUACCGUGCUUCGAGAUACUUCAACAAGAUGAAGACCACCAUGCCGAUCCUCGAAGUCAAGCUCUACAUCUACCAGCUCUUCCGCGCCCUCGCCUACAUCCACUCGCAAGGAAUCUGCCACCGCGACAUCAAGCCACAAAACCUGCUGUUGGAUCCAGGCUCCGGUAUCCUGAAGCUGUGUGACUUUGGUAGUGCAAAGAUCUUGGUGGAAAACGAGCCCAACGUUUCCUACAUCUGCUCCCGCUACUACAGAGCCCCCGAGUUGAUUUUCGGCGCCACCAAUUACACCACCAAGAUUGAUGUUUGGUCCACGGGGUGCGUCAUGGCAGAGUUGAUGCUCGGUCAACCUCUCUUCCCAGGAGAGUCGGGUAUCGAUCAGCUCGUGGAAAUUAUCAAGGUCUUGGGGACGCCGACGCGCGAUCAGAUCCGCACCAUGAACCCCAACUAUAUGGAGCAUAAAUUCCCCCAGAUCAAGCCGCACCCCUUCAACAAGGUCUUCCGCAAGGCUGAAUCCAACGCCAUUGAGCUCAUCUCGCGUCUCCUGGAAUACACCCCGACCGAGCGUCUCUCGGCGAUCGAUGCCAUGAUUCACCCGUUCUUCGAUGAGCUGCGAGACCCCUCGACCAGAUUUCCCGACUCGCGUCAUCCCAAUGGCCCUGUCAAGGAUCUCCCCACCCUGUUCGACUUCUCUCGUCACGGUAAGGCCCCAAAUCCCACGGGCCACGAGACUACCAUAGCUAACAUGCACGUCAGAACUCUCCAUUGCCCCCCAGCUCAACAGCCGGCUAGUCCCGCAACACGUUCGAGCCAGCUUGGUGGCCCGUGGCCUAGACAUCGACAACUUCACACCCAUGGCCAAGGAGGAGAUGAUGGCUCGGUUGGAUUGAGAGCAUGUUUCAACCCGAGUCAAUUUGUUUCCGGGGCGUCUUCCAACGGCAACCACCUCGGCAUGUUACCUGGCCCUGCAAAGGUUGUUUUCGGCUUUGGCGGGCCUGGAUCAGACGUGGCAGCACGGAAAAACAUGGACGGAAAAUACGGGAUAUGA